AUGGCGGAUCAGUUCGCGGAUUCAGCUACUACGCCACCUGUGUUUCAGAACAAUGUGGUCAUUGAGGAGGUGAACAAGGGCCUGAACCCAGGAAUGGUGGUUCUGCUUGUUGUUGCAAGCUUCCUGCUGCUCUUCUUCGUUGGGAACUAUGCGCUGUAUGUGUAUGCGCAGAAGACGCUUCCGCCUAAGAAGAAGAAGCUGGUCUCGAAGAAGAAGCUGAAGAGAGAAAAGCUGAAGCAGGGGGUCUCUGCGCCAGGAGAGUAA